AAUUUCCAAAGAAACUGAGGGGAAAGAAAAAUCUCAACAAUGUAUUAUCCAAAAGUUUGAAACUUUAUCCUUUUCUCCAUCUGGGUCUUUCUCUCAAGAACUGUGUGGAUUGUGCUCUCUCAAUGGACUCAAAAACUCGUCUUGAUUAUGUUCUGUUCCAACUCACACCCACCAGAACCAGGUGUGAUCUGGUGAUUUUUGCGGGCAAGGAGAGUGAGAAAUUGGCAUCAGGCCUAUUAGAACCAUUCAUUUCACAUCUUAAAACUGCGAAAGAUCAGAUUUCCAAAGGAGGGUACUCCAUAACUCUUCGUCCAUUGCGAUCAGAUUCAUCCUGGUUCACCAAAGCUGCACUACAGAGAUUUGUGAGAUUUGUUAGCACACCAGAAGUUCUUGAGAGAUUUGUGACUGUAGAGAAAGAGAUUGAGCAGAUUGAGAGUUCAAUUCAGUCAAAUGAAGCUGCCGUGGCAACAGAAGCAGAUGGAAAUGAGACUGCUGGAAAUUUCCUAAAUUCAAGUUUAUCAUCGAAGUCAAAAGGUGAAUCUAAUGGAACCAAUGAUGCCCUACCUGAAGAAAAUUCCAAGGUUCGUCUCCAACGUGUCCUGGAAACUAGAAAGGCAGUACUCUGCAAAGAGCAAGCAAUGGCUUAUGCUCGAGCCUUGGUUGCUGGAUAUGAACCAGAUUGUAUAGAUGAUCUCAUAUCUUUUGCAGAUGCUUUUGGUGCUUCACGUUUAAGGGAAGCUUGCAUAAAUUUCAUUGAAUUAUGCAAGAAAAAGAAUGCAGAUAGGCUUUGGAUGGAUGAAAUAGCAGCAAUGCAAGCAAAUGCUAGGCCAGACUUGCCUUACCUUGCCACUUCUGGAAUCAUACUUGCUGGUGAAGAGAAUGACCCUAGUCGUAAUAUCAUGAUGAAUUUCUCUAGUGGAAAGCAGAAUGGCUCAGCCGAUACCCCGGUGUCUGAAUCUGGAAGUGGAGAUAACAACCAAGAUGGGAAAACUCAAGUACCAGUUGCAUGGCCCAACCAUCUUCCACAGUACAUGCAGAAUUUUCAAGGUCCCCUAUUUCAACAAGUGUCUCCUUAUCAAGGCUACCUUUUUCCUGGUAUGCCUGCUGCUGCAUCAUAUUAUCCAGGGAAUAUGCCUUGGCCUUCAAAUGUAGAAGAUUCUAACCUUGGUCAUGCUUGGGAACAGAAUGAUCAUAGACAUCAUAAAUCAUCCUCUAGGAGCAGGAGGAGUUCUUCUUAUGGCAAGGGAGAGGAAAAUUCAAAACAAGAUGAAUCCUCUGAGGCUAGUGAAUCCAGCUAUGAGACUGAACCAGAAGCGAAGGUGCACAAAAAAAAACAUGGAAAGAAGUCCUCAAGAAAGGUUGUCAUCCGUAAUAUUAAUUACAUUACUUCAAAAAGAAAUGGAGAAAGGGACAGCGAAUCUGAAGAGAUGUCUGAUGAGGCUGAUUUCAUCGAUGGAGAUUCCCUCAAACAGCAGGUAGAGGAGGCUGUUGGGUCACUGGGUAGACAACAUAAAUCUACAUCACGCCAUCAUAAGAAACGAGACAUCAGCAAGCAUCAAGCUGUCAGUUCAUAUGAUGCAGAUGAACUGGAAGCUAAGAAUGUUGCAACUUCUGAAGGAGAAAAAAGAAAUGACAACUGGAAUGCUUUCCAGAACCUUUUGAUGAAGGACAGGGAUUUGGAUGCUUUAGAAUUAGAUUCACAACCUUCACAGCUGCAGAAGGAAUAUUUUACACCUGAGGGGGGAAAGUCAUUGGCAUUUAAUCUGGAGUCUGAGGGUGUAAGAAAGCAACGAGUUAUCUCAAGUGAUUCCUUUGUUGCAACAAGAAUGGAUAUAGGAAAUAUAGGUGAAACUCGUGUUGCAAACUUUGGAACUGAUGAAACUGUCCGCCCAUUUGUUAAGAAAAGUAAUAGUGCAUAUGAGGAGUUGUUAACUUUGGGAGGAAAUAAUGAUUCUGUUAACAGUUCCCGAGCUAACAUGUCUGAUUAUGCUAUUGAGUCUACCAGAAUCAGAAGUCAAAAAGGAGAUUGGUUUGUUCACAAUCAACAAAAUAAAUCAGCUCAAGAUGAGACUAUUGGCCUCAAAACAUUUGAUGGUGAUUAUGCUUCAUUUGCUGGUGACAGUUUCAGUGUUGAGAAAAUCAAGAAGGAUGUUCUGGUUGAUGACUCUUUUAUGAUUCAAGGUCCAUCAGUAGCAGAAAAUCAAUCUGAUUCACAAACAAGAAUAGAUAUAAGUAUGGUUCCAGAAAUUGUUGGAGCUGCUCAUUAUGAAAAUGGCACUCCAGAUUUUGCUCCUGAAGCUUCAUAUGAGCCCGAUGACCUUUACAUGGUGCUUGGACGUGAUUCAACUGCUGAGCAUGCUCAAGCAUCUUGGACUCCAGAAAUUGAUUAUGAGAAUAACAUGUUAUCAGCUGAAGCAAAUGGAAAGCACUCUGUUGACAUAACUGGUUCUGCUGGUGAAAAUCCACCAUCAAAUGGAAAGGGAACUAAUAGCAAACCUCGUGGGAUUCCAGGGGGGAAGCUUUCAAACAAAGAUGCACAAUCUAAAGCUUUGAAUGGAUCUCUUGCUAGGAGCAAAUCAGACAUGUUGUCAAGGAGCAAAAGACCAACCCCUGGAAGCAGAGCCACAGUUCAGAGAAGUAAAGUUGACAAGGAAGAAGAGAACCGAAAGAAAAUGGAGGAGUUACGCAUCCAGCGCCAGAAGAGGAUUGCUGAAAGGAGUGCUGCUAGUGGUUUAAAAUCAGCACCUCCCAAGAGGAGCCCAGUUGUGAAUAAAACUGCUGUCACUUCCACAAAAAUUGAGAAGCCUAAAACUCAAACCCAGACCCAGGGGACUAAUAGAGAACAAAAGCCAGUCCUCAGAAGUUCCACUAUUGAACGCCUUGCAACUGCCCGGAACACUUCAAAAGUAUCAUCAUUUGAAUCAAAAUCAAGCCAGCCAAAAAAGACUACCGCAAAGGCAAAUGGCAGUACAACAACCACGUCUCAGAAGACUUCUUGUGCUGCAGACAAAAAAUUAAGUCCAGACAAAGUCGAACCUGAAGACACUAAAAAUGGCUUGAUUAAAGCAAACAAGGUAGUUCCUCAUGACUCUGAUGCUCAAAGAAAGGAGGAUUACAGAGAAGCUACAGCAACAUCACCAAUGGGAUUGGUAGCAUCACAUGCUGCUCAACCUGCUGAUGCCGUUGAUGAUUUCAAAGACAUUAAGGAGUUGCAUAGGAUAUCUUCAAUUGAGAAAACUGAAAGAAACACAACUUCUAAAAAGAAUGAGUCAGAUGACAGGAGCUCCACUGGUAAAGUACCCAGCAUGCACCUAGUCACUGAAGAUCAGUCGUUGCAAGCAGACCAUGUCAAGGGUAAUGAGGAAUCAACUAAGGCAUCUUCUGUCAAUUGUGAAGACAAAACAGUGCCUAAAUGUUUUGAUGAACGUGUUCCAGAGAUGGUGCAACCCUUGCCAGUAUCACCUAAAAAACCGGUGAAGUUUUCGACUGUGAAUAUUGAAGAGAAUGGUAGCACAAACAUAAAUGACAAGUACCUCUUGCCCAAGGUUUCCGAGAUAGAAAUCUCAACCCCACCCCCAAAUGUUGAGAUAAAUAUAGAACCAGUCUCAUCCAGGAAGAAAUGGAAUAACAAUGAGGGCAGUCCCAAAGCUGCUAAAGGGUUUAGAAAGCUUCUUUUGUUUGGGCGGAGAAGUCAGACCAUUUAUACAGCUUGAUUCCAUGGAUCUGGUUAAUUCUUUGCAAGCAGCUUAGGGUGUGCCUGCCAUUUCGUAUUGCCUCUACUUAAGCUUAUGGGUUGUUCAAGAGCUGCACAUGGAACGUACCAAUAAGGCACUUGGUAUUGCUGCCAUUCAAGGAUUCUUUUGUGUAAGUUAUCAGUACAUUUUACAUUUUACAUUCUAGCGUGAUGGUUCAAACACAAAUUCUUUUCAGUGUGGUGUGACUUUUGACUGCAUAUAUGUACACGUUUGAAUCUUUCUUGAAUCAUAUACUAGUCUUUGUUAUAGAAUAUAGCAUGCACCCUGAA